AUGACAACAAAGUGCAUCAAAGAUAUUUAUGAGAGCACAAUUCACAAUAAGGCGAAUUUAACAAAUACGCACAAAUUUCAUCGUUUGAAAUCUCUUCUGAUCGACGAGGCUGCGAAUCUGGUACGACAUUUGGCUAUUACGGAUUCAGCUUACAACACUGCAUGGGAGAGACUUAAUGAAAGAUAUAAUCGUCCACGGCACAUCGUGAAUUCACUAUUGGAGCAGUUUAUGAAGCUGCCAACAACAACAAGGUCGGAUACAACAACAUUACGGAAGGUGUCAGACGGCGCCAAUGAAAUAGUGCGUGGUUUGGAUGCCAUAGAGGAAACAGGACGAGACUGUUGGAUCAUCUACUUGACGCUGGAGAAGCUGGAUGCAGAUACUCGACGCAGGUGGAUCGAGCGCAGUGUGGAGACAGACUCACCCACACCGAAGGAAUUCUUCAAAUUUUUGGAUGCACGUUGCGAGGAACUAGAGCUCAGCAAGCGUGAAACAAUCGGAGGCAAGACUACAGCCUCAAUCGGUGGCAAGACAAGGAAGGUCACACAUUCGCUGGUUGUACUUGAAGGAAACAAGUGCAGCAAAUGUCAUUCUACAGAGCAUCGUCUGUAUGGAUGCCAACAAUUCUUGGAUAUGUCAGCAGGACAGAGGGUUUCGUUUGCCAAGGAAAACGCUCUAUGUUACAAUUGUCUGAAUCCUGGUCAUGGGGUCAGAAAAUGCAAAUCCACGUUCAAGUGCAGACAAUGUAAAGGUCAGCAUCACUCACUGUUGCACCUGCAACGCACGCAACAGGCUAUUGGAACAAUCGCUCAAACUGGUGAGGAUCAGGAGGAUCCUAGCGCACACUCAACGGUGACGACGAGUCACAUCGCCCAAGCAGAAGGUUCUGCAGCAAUUGUAUGUCCACAAGGCACCGCAAAUAUACAACAAUCAACAGGAUGGAACAGGAGCACCUUACCCACGGCCAUGGUAAACGUUCGCAAUGCAAAUGGAGAUUUGGUAGCAUGCCGACUCCUAUUGGACACGGGUUCAGAACUGUCGUACAUAUAUACAAACACUUGGUUUGGCUCGUACGCCAUCACCCAUACUGAUCAGCUGGUAGUCCAGGCUCAAGUGCUUGGAAGGAUUACAUCAUCAUUGGAAAGGCAGGCCAUCGACGAGUCUGCACUUCGAGUUUUCAACGAUCUGCAACUGGCAGAUUCACAAUUUAGCACAAAUGCCCCAAUUGACAUUCUUUUGGGCAGCGAACACGUUUGGAGCGUUACAACUGGGAGAAAGAUCUACGACAACAAAGGAAAGCUCAUUGCUAUAUCAUCAAUUUUCGGAUGGGUAAUUACAUCACUGCUUUCAUCACGCGCAUGCAGCGCUACGGCACUUACAACGACAAUAAACAUCGAUGCUUAUCUCAGAAGGUUCUGGGAACUAGAGAGCAUACAACGCAAAGCAGAAGUCCAACCUGAAGACGAGGAGGUGGAGAAACACUUUCUUGCAACACACACUCGAGACGAACAAGGCAAGUACAUCGUGGAACUUCCGUUUAAAGUAUCCGAAACACAAUUCGCAGAUACACUUCAACGAGCGCUGCAGAGGUUCAAAUCAGUUGAACGACGUUUGGCACAAAAUCAACAAUUAUGUAACGACUACGUGAAGUUCAUGAGGAAAUACCAGGAGCUAGGACAUAUGCGAGAAAUCUCACCGAGCGAAAUUCCCAAGGGUAGGAAUUUCUACUUGCCACAUCAUCCCGUAUUGGGUCGGAAACUUAGAGUUGUUUUCGACGGCUCAUAUCAAGACGCCAAAGGCAUGGCAUUAAACGACACGCUCUCGAUCGGACCGAGUAUUCAGCGAGAUCUGUUUGCUGUGUGCUUGCGAUUCCGUAUGUACAAAUACGUCUUUUCAGCGGAUAUAGUCAAGAUGUUCCGUCAAAUCUGGGACUUCUAUGUCGACGACGUUCUCACUGGAGGAAAUAGUGAGGAUGAGCUGCUACGCAACAGGGACGAACUCGUCCAACUGAUGUCCUGUGCUAACCUAGAGCUCGGGAAAUGGGUAUCGAAUACCAAACGCAUCGAAUCGGAGGAUAACACGGAUUCCUCACAAUCAUCAGUCAAAGUGCUAGGGCUGCAUUGGCACCCUAGAGAGGACACAUUGUCGUACAAUGUAAACCUAUCGAAAGACCCUCGCUGCACCAAGAGGCAAGUGUUGUCGGAUGUCUCACACAAACGCAUACAAGGCGAAGGCAAAAGUAACUGCCUAGCUGCGCAGACGACUGUCACGACGAACAACCCAUGGGAUAAGCUUCUCAAUCGCAACUCAUCUUGGCUGAAGCUUAUACACACACUUGUUAAUCGCAUGAAGCACCUAUCUUCGAAACAAACAUCGAAUUCUCUAACAUUCGAUGAGAUCAAGGCAGCAAGGAUUCGAUGGCUGCAACACGCUAAAGCUGGUUUUCAACAGGAGUUCCAGUUACUACGCGCAAACAAGGCUCUUGGGAACCAAUCUCAAUUGGUCAAGCUCUCACCAAUCAUCGACAAGGACAACCUGCUAAGAGUGGGUGGACGAAUCCAACAUUCACAGUUGUCAGCAGAGGCGAAGCAUCCUAUGUUGCUUCCAAAGAAUGCAUCGUUUUAA